CUCUUAAUAUUAUAAUUUUUGUGAAAUCUCUUUCUCUCUCUCACCAAUAUGUAGAAAGGCAAGAAGAUAUUCAUCUCACCAGGAAAAGUCAGCGUCUCUCUCUUCAUCAUCAACCUUCCUUCUUCUUCUUCAUCUUCUCAAUAUCUUCUGAAGACAAUCACAACUUAUUUCAAGAAAAUACUCACAAACACGAUGCUAGUAUCAUAGUCUCUUCUUCCCAUUCAUUAUGAUUAUAUUUUUUUGAUUUUCGAUCAGAUUCUUUCGUGUAGCUGUAUAUAAUAUACACCAAGACACACUCAUAUAUCAUCAUACAUAUAUAGAUUAUGUGCAGCGUCUUUUAGCUUCUUGAGAUGGACAAUUUUCAAGGGGACUUGACUGACGUCGUGCGAGGUAUCGGAGGCCACAUGUUGUCGCCGGAAAUUUCUUCUUCUCCCAACAUCUUGCCUCUUCCACAACCAUCGCCGUCAGAUCUUCACAUGAAUCCCUUUGGAGAUCCAUUCGUGAGCAUGACCGAUCCUCUUCUCCAAGAACUCAACGCCGUCACAAACUCUAGCCAUUUCUCCACCGCCGGAUAUAACGCCAACAACAACAACGGUUUCUUAGUUCCUAAGGUAGUACUGGAAGAUGAUCAAAUAAAGAGUCAAUGCAGUAUUUUCCCAAGAAUCCGGAUCUCGCAUAGUAACAUCAUCCACGAGUCCUCUCCGUGUAAUUCUCCGGCCAUGUCGACUCACGUUGUGGCCGCCGCCUCGCCUAGAGGGAUCAUCAACGCCAAUACAAACAGUCCUAGAAACUGUCUAUUGGUCGAUGGUAACACGUUCUCGUCUCAGAUUCAGAUUUCUUCCCCUCGGAAUAUAGGCCUUAAGAGAAGGAAGAGUCAGGCAAAGAAGGUGGUGUGUAUACCGGCGCCGGCUGCCAUGAACAGCCGAUCAAGUGGAGAAGUGGUUCCGUCUGAUCUAUGGGCUUGGCGUAAGUACGGUCAGAAACCCAUCAAAGGCUCUCCUUUUCCAAGGGGUUACUAUAGAUGCAGCAGCUCAAAAGGUUGUUCAGCAAGAAAACAAGUCGAAAGAAGCCGAGCCGAUCCAAGCAUGUUGGUUAUUACAUAUACUUCCGAACAUAACCAUCCCUGGCCCAUUCAACGCAACGCUCUCGCCGGUUCCACACGCUCCUGCUCCUCUAACCCCAAUUCUUCCAAAUCUUCAACCGCAACCGCUUCACUCAAUGACCCUCAAAACAACACUCACUUGCCUUCCUCGGCGUCUCCUCCUCUAUCAGCCUUUGCCGUUAAGAAUGAACAAAGAGAAGAAGACAUGGAGUUGGAAAACGUAGAAGACGAUGACGAUAAUAAGAUUGCUCCAUAUAGACCGGAGAUUCAUGAUCAGCAUCAGCCAGAUGAUUUCUUUGCAGAUCUUGAAGAGCUAGAACUAGAAGGAGAUUCUCUAAGAAUGUUGCUUUCUCAAGGAUGUGCCGGCGACCUGAACAAUGAAACGAUAGCGUCCGACGGGAUCAGUGAUUUCUUUGGUUGGACUGGGGGAAAUAAUAAUAAAGACGAUCAGUGAGUCAAAGUCGUUAUAGUGUUAGUUAAUUACUUGACAUCCCUUCUAUAUUAAAGGAGAAGCAUCGUAAUAAAUGCGUUCACACUAAACUGGACACACAUGUA